UUUGACACCAAGCUGGCUGAGUGUCAAGUUUGUUUAGUACUCUGAGAUUUGUUCAAUGCCUGAAAAAAUAAUAUAUUUUUAAAUUACUUCAUCUAAUUUAUAUGAAUUGCUUAAAAUUGUGAUUUACAAUUAUUUACAUUUUUGAGGCGUGUUUAUUAUAAGUAUUAGAUGAUGAACAUAAACGUACGUAUAUAACGCACAUAAACGAAGGUAUUAAACAUAACCUCGAUACCCAAACAAACCAUUGAAAAUGGCAACAAAAUUCGACGCUGCGGCGUACAACUUCCGCAAAAAAAUGCCCUACAUCAGCAAGGAUCUGCUGCGGUGGUUUCCCGGCCACAUGAACAAAGGUUUGAAGCAAAUGCAAAGGAAAUUGAACAAUGUUGACUGUGUCAUUGAGGUUCACGAUGCGCGGAUACCAUUCUCUGGCCGAAAUCCUGUAUUCACUAGCUCUGUAACUGGUGCUAAGCCACACAUAUUAGUUUUAAAUAAGAAAGACUUGACGAUAAGCUCAUUAAUACCGAGAGUAUCUGACCAGUUGAAAGCUGAACAGAAUAUUGAGCAUGUAGUAUUUACGAAUAGCAAAGACCAGUAUGACCGUGGAUUGAAAACACUCAGGCCCCUUAUGGUAGACUUAAUAAAGGAUUCUAAUAGGUAUAAUAGAAGUGACGAGUUGGAUUAUAAUGUGAUGAUAAUCGGAGUGCCAAAUGUUGGGAAAUCUUCAUUGAUUAACAUGCUACGGUCAAGGAAUCUGCGGAUCAAACACGCCUUGCCGGUCGGAGCAGUGGCUGGGGUCACUCGGAGUUUAAUGACCAAGAUUAGAAUAAAUAAUGACCCAAUUAUAUUCAUGUAUGAUACUCCGGGGAUCCUAGAGCCGUCUGUAACAGAUGUGGAGAUGGGCCUGAAACUGGCGCUGUGUGCCUCCCUGCAGGACCACCUGGUGGGAGAGGAGGCUAUCGCCGAUUACCUGCUGUUCUGGCUGAACAAGCACGGAAAGUUCAAGUAUGUGGACUACAUGGGGCUGGAAGAGCCGUGUGAUGAUAUCAAUAAGGUCCUCCUAGCCGGCGCUAUCAAAUUCAACCGCGUCCGCAGGACCCGGAACUACGACAACAGCAUGCGGGACGUCCCGGACCUGCUCGAGGUCGCGCGGACCAUGAUCAAGGCGUUCCGGACCGGGGAACUGGGGAAGGCGAUGUUGGACCUCGACAUGUUGAGACAUAGACAAGGAAGGGAGGAGAAAGCUUUAGCAUAAAAACAGUCGUCUACAAAAUCACGUCUUAGUCCCUUACGGGGCAGACAGAGCCUAGAAUUGCGAAGUACGAAAGCCACACGUUUAGCUGUGUCACGAUGUGUCUAUAAAGAGGGGAACACGGAUUUUUAACGAACUAUAUUUCUUUGCCAUUGUAAUACCAAAUAUAAUGGUCAUGAUUGGUUGAUAAGGUCCAGUGUUGCCAGUCAAGAGGACACAGCUCCCAAUCUUAUUUAUAUAGAUUAACAUUGACGUCAAUUUUGAAGAGCGGUUCUCACUCAACCGCUCAUCAAAAUUGAUGUCACACUUCUAUAGAGGAUUGCCGUCAGGCCGGUCGUAAAAUAAUUAUUAUUAUAAAUUCGUAAAAGUGUCGUGUCACCGUUUCGCAGCUAAACCGCUGAAUUGAUUUUGUUGAAAAUUGGUAUACACAUUAUUUCAUGAAAUGGAAUUUAAAAAAAAGUACUAGUUUAAAAAAAAUAAAAAACUGUCUCCCCCCCCGAAGCCGAAUAACCCAAACCUUCGCCCGCGCAGGCAACAGCUAAAUGUAUAUAUUAAAGUAGGUAAGAAUGAAUCUGUUUCUGUGAAUAGUUGUUAAAUAUAGUUAUUAAGAAUACUAAAAAUAAUUUCAUUAACCUUUAUUUGCUGCACCAAUCUUCUUGAAACUUUGCAUACAUUGAAAGUACAGAGAAGGACAUAGGGUACCUUUCAUUCCGGAAAAACAAAUGUUCCCGUAGGAAAAUUACGCGGGCGUAGUCGUGGGCAAAAGCACAAUACAUGCAUCCUCAUUCCAUUUAUUAGAAACGUGGAAAAUGUCAUUGGUACGUACGCGACGUCAAUCAAAACACGAUGCUAACAAUUUGCAAAACUCAUGUUAAAAAACUCAACAAAUAAAAUACACGUUUUCAUGGACAAUUUUAGACAACGGAAAUUAUCGAAGAUUAAAUGAAAAUUAUGUUUCAUUAGUUUGUCACGGGACAGGCACAUUAAUUGCCUGAGUAUGAAUCCUAUACAAUACCUGGUGACAUUGGUCGACUCAAUCGAGGAGUAUCGGUGGCUGCUGCAGCUGGCGAACGACUGCUACCCCAUCACCGCCAUGUCGAAGUUCCACACGUUAUAAACAUGACCAAACUCCUCCCACGGCACACGCCGAAGAACCCGAGCUUGGUUAAAACGAAGAGAAAAAAAAAUCGAAAAGCCUUGUCAUUGUCGUUAAUAUCUUGUCGACACGUCACUGCUAUGUCCACACUUUGCAAACAUGAGUAAAGUUCUCCCACGGCACACGCCGAAGAACACAAGCUUGGUUAAAAUUAAGAGGAAAAACCGAAAAGCAUUGUCAUCGACAACAAACACUUUGUUGACCAACAUCACUUUCUCCACGUCAGCUAUAGCUAAUGUCAGAUCAUUGAGGAACAGCAACACGGAAAACACCCUCAGCAUGAUCAGCACACCUUGGAGUACUGAUUAUAAUUCAUACGCGUCUAUCGCUUCACAUAAAGGCGCCGUACGAAGUUAUCCAUCCUCGGCGAGCCUCAUGCCUAUUUCCAGCUCAACAGUGAGGGCAUCCUCGCCGGAGAACUUGUCUGUCAAGACAACUAUCACCCUAUAUAAUGUUCCGAGUGUGCCAACAGAACAAGAUUCUGCAUUUCGUUUCCCAAAACUGAAACUUACUCGUAUCAGAUCUUCUGAUACGUUGAGCUCUUGGACUAUAGAGACUUUUACGAGCAACGGGCUGUCAAGUGUUUCUGGUAAAGUGAAACCUAAGUACCCGUGGAGCCCUAGUUCGGUGUUCAGCGGGACAGACAUAUACCCAACUACUGUGGAGACGCUCGUGUCCAGGAAGGGCAGUCGGGAGUCUUCGCGUGUGUUCGGAAGCGUCGCAUCGAGGUAUGACAUGGCGCCAAUGAACCUCAAGGAAAACAAGUCUGAGGACGAUUUCAUUUUAGACUCAAUUUUGAUAAAAACCAAAGGGAUCCCCAUUUGGCACUGAUCCCUAAAUAGCAUCACCAUUCACCAAUCAAUUUCAAUAUUGUUAUCGUGUAAUGUAAAAAAAAUUGUAAAACCAAUAAAAUGAUUUAUUGCAA